UCGGGACUCCUCACGGCUGGUUCACUGCGUAGACGGUCUUCGGCUUUAGCGCCCUGCUCAUGAGUUCUGAAUGUCUUGCCUUGCGCUCUCGCGAGAUCGAUCGAUUUGAUUUGUUGUCUCGCCUCUGUAGAGCAUUUCUCCGCAGAUCCGCCAGCGCGUCACGUCGAUCGGAGCCCGGGAGUAGGCCAUGGUGGUGUGCAGAUGCCGCAAGGCAACAAAACUUUAUUGUUUUGUGCACAAGGCUCCGGUAUGUGGAGAAUGCAUCUCGUUUCAAGAACAUCGUCUAUGUGUGGUCAAGACAUAUUCUGAGUGGGUCAUAGAUGGGGACUAUGACUGGCCUCCGAAGUGUGGUUUGUGCCAACAAGUACUGCAAGAAACUGAUGACACAACCCGUCUUGGCUGCUUUCAUAUUCUUCACAGUCAUUGUCUGGAGGCACAUUUGCGAAGCUUUCCUCCUCACACUGCCCCAGCUGGUUAUGUGUGUCCAUCAUGUUCCACACCAAUCUGGCCUCCCAAACUAGUAAAGGACGGGAGCUCAGGACUUCAUACGAAGCUGAAGCAAAUCAUUCAGCAGAGUGACGUGGCUACAACUCUUCUAGGUAGUGAUAAUAAAUUGGUAUCAGGGCAGAAAUCGCCUGCUCCUCCAGCCUUCUCAAAUGCACCUCUUGUUUCGGUGGGAAACUCUUCUGCCGCAGAAGAGAGUGGCCCGACCACUGCAGGGUCUGCCGGGACUUCGUUGGAAGCUGAUGGGUUGAUUGGUGGAUAUGCAACUCCAAGUAAUGAAAUUGUAAAAGAAAAUGUCAUGGGGUCUACCUCAGGAUCGGUCCUGGAGGGUGAAGCCUCAUCCUCUUCAGGUCCAGGUAGUAGCAGUAAUCCGUCAGCAGUAUCCGGCCUUCAGCAUUUCAACAAAUCAGGACCAGUAUCUAUGCAGCAGCUUCUGCAAAAUGGAGCUAUGGCAAGAAAGAAUUCCUUACGUGGAGAUAACAUGAGUCCCUCAGCUUCUAUGGGUUACGAUGAUGAUGAAGAUGGAAGUUAUCGGAAGUACAAUAGGCGCGGACCCUUUUAUCGACAAAUAUUGAGAACCUUCUUACCGUUUUGGUCGCCUGCACUACCAACUUUGCCUGUAACUGCACCAUCCCACAAGGAUAGUCGCGGCGCACCAGCUGCCGAAGACCUGAUUGAUGGACGUCCACGGCGAAAGCAACGCAACUCCUCCUCAAUGGACUCUAGGAAGCUCCUUCUUUGGUUCGCGAUCAUGUCGUGCAUGGCAACUGCUCUGCUUUUGUAUUAUAGGCUGGCCCAGGGCCUUGUCAACAGCGCAAAUGAUGACAUUCUUCAAGGAGAAGAACAGUAGUACAGCAGGCUGCCAAACUUGACCAGCAGGAGUCUGCUGGUAUGAUUCUACACAAAAACGCCUCAAGGAAAGUAUAUUUUUGUCCUCAUUGAUUAGCAGUCUUUCGAUUGGAGACUGCACCGAUAAAUACCCAUAUAAAACAAGUAGAGCCAAGGACUAGCAAUUGCGACUUCAGAGGUCGUCAUUUUAGAGUACUCUUUUGUUUUUCAUCUGCUAGUAGACAUAAGAAGAAAGGGACACGUUGUCAGUGUCUGUAUAUUUUAGCAGACCUUUGCAGAUAUUGAUUGCGUAGUUUCCAUUCAGUGACGUCAUCACACUGGCUAUCGUACGAGUUAGUGAUCAAGAAUUCUUGAGUUUCCAUAGCCGUACGGGGUCGAGAAGUAUUGGCUAAUGUGCAUCCUCAACGCUAAAUCCAACACGGUGUGUAUAAAGCACAGGUUGUCGUGACCUUCCAUGGAGAAAUUUUUCCAAAUGUGACUUCCAUAAGAGUUCUUGUGGUGCUGUAAUCUCGAGGCCAGACUAAGAUCGUAAGAACAUUCUGUAGUUUCAUUGUGUCGACCACCUUGCUGGGGGCCUAGAUGUUGAGAUAAGGUGUUAUGUCUCUGAGAGUUGUAUGGUAUCGUCUGAAGGUGUCCACAUAGUAUACUAGCGGAUUUUUCUAGUCUGGUUCCCGGGUUUGAGUGUCGAUCAAAAUGAAAACUU